UAUUUUCAAAUGAUCAAGUUGCGGGUACUUGUGGUAAAUUAUAUGUUAACAAUAGAGGCUGGACCAAAUUGUUAAAUCCAAUCACUAGUGCCCUGGUUUUUGAGCAUAAAAUAUCUAACAUUAUUAACAAACCAUUCGAAUCAAUCUUUGGCUACAUUUCCUCUUUAUCUAAGGACUUCUCUGCAUAUCGAUAUUCUGCUUUUCAGAAUAUUACAAAUGACACUGAAGAUGCAUCCAAUAACAAUAUUCUUGCUAUGAAUGAUUAUUUUGCCAAUAACGAUGUUAUUUGUUUUGAACUGAUUUCUAAGCGUAAUUCUUCUUGGAUAUUGCACUAUGAAAAUUCAUCCCAAGCUGAAGUAGAUGUACCUGAAAAUUUGCCUGAAAUGUUUCAGCAAUAUGUUUGCAAAUUUAAUGAAUAUUAUUACACUAGCUCUUAUGCGAUAAUGCAUUUCUUUUACAUUUGGAGAAGUGGGCAUUCAAUUCUCCAGUAUCAUUCUAAUGAAGACCCUUUUCCAAUUUAUUUUUAUCCAACUGGUUUCAUUUUAUUUUAUAUUUAUAUUGCAAUUACUGGCAUGCAAUUUAUUUUUGCAAUUGUCAACAAACCUCAAAAUUUAGUCGAAAUCACAGAUGUCAACUCUUUUACAAAUACAUUUGGAAAAAAUAUUGUUGAAGUUUCAUUGCCUUGUAAAAUUACUAUUGAUGAUGCGUAUAAUAAGGCUUGGAAUGAAAUAAUUAUAAAGGAUAAAAAUGGAACAAAAGUAUAA